AUGUUCCUGUUGGUUUUUAUUUGCCUUAUCUUGCUAUUUCCUCAGCUAAUCUACUCUUAUGACCCUAUUAAUUGUGCUUUGAAAAAGAAAGCAAGUAUAGUCCAAGAAGGGGAUGUUGUGAUUGCUGCAAUGCUCCCUUUAUAUAUUUGGCAAAGAAAAAUCAAUGCCACAGGUCAUUAUCAGAAUGUCAAAAGGUUUAAGGCCAAGACCUAUCUGUUUUUUUUGUCCUUCCUCUUUGCUAUUGAAGAGAUCAACAGAAACCCCCAUAUUUUACCCAACAUAACUUUGGGAUUUGAUGUGCAUAAUGUCGCUUUUAUUGAUGCAGACAUAAUGUAUGUUUCUUUAAAGUGGUUAUCAGGUAUUGACAGAAUGAUUCCUAAUUACAAUUGUAGAAAAGAGCAAAAAUCUGUAACAGUGUUUACAGGACCAUCAUGGACAACCUCCGCUCUUAUUGGAUCAUUGCUUGAGUUGUACAAAUUUCCACAGGUCACCUUUGGACGUCAUGAUCCCAUCCUAAGUGGCAAUAUCCAUUUAACUUCUUUAUAUCAGAUGGCACCAAAGGACACAUUUCUGGCCCAUGCUAUGAUUUCUUUACUGAUUCAUUUCCGCUGGAACUGGGUAGGGCUGUAUAUCUCAGAAGAUGAAAGAAACAUUCAGUUUUGGUCAGACUUUAGAACAGAAAUGGACAAGAACAGUAUCUGUGUGGCCUUUGUGGAAAUUAUAUCAAUCAGUGAAUUGUCAGUAUCUCCAAAUUCCUGGUCGUAUCAUCAUCAGAUCUUGAAAUCAUCAGUGAAUGUGAUUAUAGUCUAUUUUGACUCUGAUUCUCUGAUUACAUUCUUUCACAUGGUAGAAAGAUUUUUAAUGACACACAAAGUCUGGGUCAUGGCCUCACCAUAUCAUUCUUCCAAAAUACAAUGGAGUAUAUUUCUUCAUCCGUUUCAUGGUUCUCUCAUGUUUUCACACCACCAUAAGGAAAUCUCAGGUUUUAGAAAAUUUAUCCAUACUAUUAACCCCUCUAAAUACCCCAAUGACAUUUACUUAGCUAUAUUGUGGUUUUUCUUUUUUGCCUGCUCAUUUUCUAAGUAUGACUGUACUAUACUGGAGAACUGUCCACUCAAUUCUUCCUUGGAAAUGUUACCUUAUCCAGUUAUCGAUAUGGCCAUAAGUGAGGAGAGUUACAACCUAUACAAUGCUGUGUAUGCUGUGGCCCAUAUUCUUUAUGAGAUAUUACUUCACCAAGUUGAAUUUCAGGGACUAGGUGGUGUAAAGGAACUGAUUCAUUUCCCCUGGAAGCUGCACUUCUUUAUAAGAAAUAUUCAGUCUUACCAUUUGGAUUCUAACCAACUGAUUUUGGAUGAAAAAAGAAAAUCUGCAGCAGAAUACGAUAUCCUCAACUAUUGCCAUUUUCCAACAAAUUUUGUACACAUAUUGAAAGUGGGAAAAUUUUCUUCAUUUGCUUUACUUGGUCAGCAAUUGUCCUUACAUGAGGAUAUGAUAGAAUGGGCCUUAGGAUUCACAGAGACCCCGCAAUCACUAUGCAGUGAGAGUUGUCAUCCUGGAUUCAGGAAAUCACAUGUGGAAGGAAAGACUAUUUGUUGCUUUGAUUGUACCCCUUGCCCCGAAAAUGAGAUUUCUAAUGAAACAAAUAUGGAGCAGUGUUUAAGGUGUGGAGUUAAUCAAUAUGCCAAUACACAGAGAAUUCACUGCAUUAAUAAAAGUGUGACCUUCCUAUCCUAUGAAGACACCUUGGGGAUGAUUUUAACCUCCUUGUCUUUGUGCUUCUCUGGACUGACAGUUUCUGUUCUUGGUGUCUUUGUGAAACACAGAGCCACUCCAAUUGUGAAAGCUAAUAAUCUGACACUUAGUUAUAUUCUGCUUAUUUCCCUCACUUUCUGUUUUCUUAGUUCUUUGAUCUUUAUUGGUCAUCCCAACACAGCCACUUGCAUUCUGCAGCAGAUUGUAUUUGCAGUUGUGUUCACUGUAGCCAUUUCCACUGUCUUAGCCAAAACUGUUACUGUGGUUCUGGCCUUCAGAGUUACCUCUCCAGGAAGAAAGAUGAGGUGGUUCCUGAUAUCAAGAGUACCUAACUUCAUAGUGCCCAUCUGCACUCUGAUCCUACUUAUUCCCUUCGGCAUCUGGCUGGGGACAUCACCUCCUUUUAUUGACAUAGAUGAACGCUCAGAAUAUGAUCACAUCAUCAUUGUGUGCAACAAGGGCUCAGUCACUGCCUUUUAUUGUGUCUUGGGAUACUUGGGCUGCCUGGCAAUGGGGAGCUUCACCCUGGCUUUCCUGGUGAGAAACCUCCCAGAUACUUUUAAUGAAGCCAAGUUGAUAACAUUUAGCAUGCUGGUGUUUUGUAGUGUCUGGGUCACCUUCCUUCCUGUCUACCAAAGCACCAGGGGCAAGGCUGUGGUGGCCACUGAGGUAUUUUCUAUCUUGGCUUCUGGUGCUGGCCUACUAGGAUGCAUUUUUCUCCCCAAGUGCUACAUUAUUUUGUUAAGGCCAGAAAGAAUCUAUAGUUAUCAGUGUAGGAAUAAAAAAUGUUUUGGAACUAAAAUGUCUUCUGAAAAUUGA